UAUUCCCCCUCCCCUAGCGAUCACCGAGACACCGACACCGUUUGCGAUUCCCCAAUUUUAGCCCUAGAACACGCACAUCCCGGAAUCGGAGCAAGAGGCCUGCCUUGCCGGCGGAGGAGAGGAAUUGAUCGCGAGAAGCACGGGGAAGUCGAGCAUGGCGAGCGCGGAUCUGCUGCGGAGGGAGGAGGAGUUCUACGCCUCCUUGUUCGACUCCGCCAAAGGUGGAGAUGCCGUCAAGUCGCGUGGGCAGAUGAUUGAGAGGAAGAUUGAAGUUCUUGAGGACAUGGCCGCCAAGGUUAGUAAUCGGAGAUCUCGUAGGUGGUUGAAUGACCGGUUGCUCAUUGAACUUGUCCCCCGUCUUCAUGUGGAAGAAAUCAAAGGCCUUUUUGCUCCUCCACCAUGGGGUGAGGAACUGCCCGUUUCUGCAUUCUGCAGGACAAGUGUCGGUGAAUGGGAUGCCUUCAGGAGUAUUGACAUGGAUGUUGAGGCACGAUUGGUGCAACAGAUGAAACAGUCUUCUACAAAACAGAAGAACCAUUUGGACAGAGAUGAAUUGGUUGCUCUCAAUUCUUGGCAUCAUAUAGAUCGUCAAACAAGAGAAGCCAUAAAGAGAAAUUUCCUCCCAGAUCUUCUUGAAAUAUACGAAGAACGAGUUAGGACCUUCAUCGAAGACACUAGUGGUAAAGAUAUGCUUGUACUGAAUGUCCAGGACCCAUUUCAGAGAUUGCUUUUGCACGGUGUAUGCGAGUUCUAUAAUGUAUCAUCUACAACCACGACUACCGUAAGAGAUGGAAAGCUGUGUAAAACGACAGCAAUCAAGAAGAGAUCAGGCACAGGUGCUCCCUCCAGAAUCACAUUGGUUAGCUUCCUAAGGAUGAAGAAAAAGUCCCAUUAACAUGUGCCGUGUAUUGGCAAAACAUGCCGAUUUAGGUUCUGUUUAGGAUGUACACAUGUAAAUUAUCGAUAUUAUCAUCUUAACAUAUUUGAAUGCAAGAUUGGUCACUGCCUCACUGAUCGUGAGUCGUGACCUCCAAAUCCUGGUGUUAAA